AUGGGGAAGACUUCCUCUCCCCCAACCUCAGGGAAGACUUCCUCUCCCCAACCUCAGGAAGACUUCCUCUCCCAACCCUCAGGGAAGACUUCUCUCCCCAACCUCAGGGAAGUGUUCCUCUCCCCAACCCUCAGGGAAGACUACCUCUCCCCAACCUCAGGGAAGACUUCCUCUCCCCAACCUCAGGAAGACGUCCUCUCCCCAACCUCAGGGAAGACUUUCUCUCUCCCCAACCUCAGGGAAGUGUUCCUCCUCCCCAACCUCAGAAGACUUCCUCUCCCCAACCUCAGGGAAUACUUCCUCUCCCCAACCUCAGGGAAGACUACCUCUCCCCAACCUCAGGGAAGACUUCCUCUCCCCAACCUCAGGGAAGACUUCCUCUCCCCAACCUCAGGGAAGACUUCUCUCCCCAACCUCCAGGGAAGACUUCCUCUCCCCCAACCCCUCAGGGAAGACUUCCUCUCCCCAACCUCAGGGAAGAAGACUUCCUCUCCCCAACCUCAGGAAGACUUCCCUACUCCCCAACCUCAGGGAAUGUUCCUCUACAACCUCAGGGAAGACUCCCCUCUCCCCAACCUCAGGGAAUACUUCCCAACCCAGGGAAGACCCCAGCACUCCAUCAGACCCCAGCACUCCAUCAGACCCCAGCACUCCAUCAUAUCCCAGUACUACAUUGACUCUUCCUCUGUUCAGCUCCUGAGUCUGACCAGUACAGCGUCCUCCCAGAAGUACCAGACACAUGUGGUGUUCAACAAGUUACUAAGCCUGGCCAGUACAGCGUCCUCGCAGAAGUACCAGUCACACAUGUGGAGUCAGAUGCUGGUAUCCACCCACAGCUUCCUCAAGUCCAUCUCCAACGUGUCGGGGAAGGACAUAGGACCACUCAUCAAGCAGUGGGUAGACCAGAGUGCGGUGGUGAAGUUCUUUGGCAGUUUUGCCUUCAACAGGAAACGGAACGUUCUAGAACUGGAGAUUCGACAGGACUACACCUCCUCUGGAACACAGAAAUAUGUGGGACCCAUCAAGGUGACAGUCCAGGAGCUGGAUGGGUCCUUCAACCACACGCUACAGAUCGAAGAGAACAGCCUGAAGCACGACAUCCCCUGCCACUCCAAGAGCAGACGAAACAAGAAGAAGAAGAUCCCUUUGAUGAACGGGGAGGAGGUUGACAUGGACCUGUCUGCUAUGGAUGCGGAUUCUCCCUUGCUGUGGAUCCGGAUCGAUCCGGACAUGUCCAUCCUGCGUAAGGUGGAGUUUGAGCAGGCAGACUUCAUGUGGCAGUACCAGCUCAGGUACGAGCGUGACGUCGUGGCCCAGGAGGAGUCUAUUUUAGCCCUGGAGAAGUUCCCCACGCCGGCCUCCCGUCUGGCCCUCACUGACAUCCUAGAACAGGACCAGUGUUUCUACAAGGUCCGCCAGGGCGCCUGCUUCUGCCUCGCCAAGAUCGCCAACUCCAUGAUGAGCACCUGGACCGGUCCUCCAGCCAUGAAGUCUCUGUUCACUCAGAAUGUUCUGCUGUAAGAGCUGUCCAAACAUCGAUCAAGACCAACACCUUCAUCAGCUUCCAGAGCUACUUCCUACAGAAGACCAUGCCUGUAGCCAUGGCUCAGCUCAGAGACAUCCAGAACCUCUGUCCCAAAGACGUCCUCAACUUCAUCCUGGACCUCAUCAAGUACAACGACAACAGGAAGAACAAGUUCUCCGACAACUACUACCGUGCCGAGCUGAUUGACGCCCUCACCAACUCCUGACCCCCGCCAUCAGCAUCAGUAACGAGGUGCGCACCGUGGACAACCUCAACGGAGACGUAUGUCUCAUCCUGGAGGAGAUCACACGCUCUCUUAACAUGGAGAAACUACUGCCCAGCUACCGCAACACCAUCA